AUGUUCGUCAUCGUUAGUUCCGGUGCACAAGAUAUCGUUGGUAGCACUGCAGACUUCAUCUCCGGCUUUGCUAUCCAGCAGUCGCUUGACUUCCUCGCCCUCACUGAGACAUGGAUCACACCGGACAACACAUCCACCCCAGCUGCUCUCUCCUCUGCCUUCUCCUUCAGCCACACGCCCAGACCCACUGGCAGGGGUGGCGGGACAGGUUUACUCAUUUCGCCCGAAUGGAUCUUCUCCCCGUACCCCAUACCUUGCCCUCCCCCACUGUCUUUUGAAUUCCAUGCUGUAACUAUCACUCACCCGGUUCAAUUAAACAUUGUUGUCCUCUACCGACCACCAGGCUCCUUGGGCCACUUUCUGGAAGAACUUGACAUCGUCCUGUCAAACUUCCCUGAAAAUGGCCCUCAGCUCAUCCUCCUAGGUGACUUCAACAUCCCGACAGAGAAGUCAUCUGACCUCUUACUCCUACUUGCUUCAUUUGCACUGACUCUCAAUCCCUCCCCUCCGACUCACAAAGCUGGCAAUCACCUUGACUACAUCUUCAAUAGGAACUGCACUACAACUAACCUCACUGUAACUCCGCUGCAUGUCUCUGAUCACUACUUUGUCUCAUACUCCCUUCCGCUCUCACCAACUAACAACCCCGCCCCAUCAAUCAACUCUAUACCCGUCCGCCGUAACAUUCGCUCACUCUCCCCCCCCGCCCUGGCCUCCUCCGUUAUAUCGGCUCUCCCCGCAACCGACUCUUUCGCACUUUUGCAUCCGAACGUUGCCGCAGAGACUCUCCUAACAACUCUGUCGUCCUCUCUCGACUCGCUGUGUCCGCUUAAGACUCGACGGGCUGGCAGAUCCCCUCCAGCUCCGUGGUUGACUGAACCGGUGCGUGCUACGAGAGCCACUCUGCGAGCAUCUGAAAGGAAAUGGCGAAAAUACAAACAACCUGAUGACCUGCAUGCGUUUCAGUUGCUUCUGUCAUCUUUUUCUGCCUCCGUCUUCGCUGCAAAAAGUGCUUUCUACCAAUCCAGAAUUGAGUCCUCAUUUUCUAACCCCAAAAAACUAUUUUCCAUCUUCACUAACCUCCUUAAACCUCCCAGUCCUCCUCCCCCCUCCACCCUUCUUCCAGGAGACUUUGUCUCCUACUUUACCAGAAAAAUAGAUGACAUACGCUCCUCCUUCUCCAACCCACCUCCUUCCAGUUGUAUCGCACAGACCUCGCCUCAAUCGCCCUCACUUCCAUGUUUCACACCCCUGUCUCCUAACAAAGUUCUUACCUUAGUAACCUCUGCCCGUCCCACCACCUGCCCCCUCGACCCCAUCCCAUCCCAUAUCCUACAGUCGAUCGCCCCCGAUCUUCUUCCCUUCCUCACAUGUCUCAUUAACAAUGCUCUGUUAUCUGGCUGUUUCCCCAACACUUUGAAGGAAGCAAGAGUUAACCCACUCAUGAAGAAACCCACCCUCAACCCUUCGGAAGAAAACAACUACAAACCGGUAUCUCUUCUUCCCUUCCUGUCCAAAACUAUUGAACGAGCCAUCUUUAACCAACUCUCCUCCUAUCUGCAUAGUAACAAUCUCCUUGACCCCCACCAGUCAGGCUUCAAGGCGGGCCAUUCCACAGAGACUGCUCUCCUCGCUGUCGCGGAACAACUCCACACUGCUAGAGCCGCCUCGCUCUCCUCCGUGCUCAUCCUACUGGACCUUUCUGCAGCAUUCAACACAGUAAACCACCAGAUCCUUAUUGCCGCCCUUCAGGAACUUGGUGUCACAGGAUCCGCGCUGUCUCUUCUCUCAUCCUACCUUGAUGGUCGCACCUACCGGGUAACUUGGGGAGGAUCGGUGUCGGAACCUUGUCCCCUUACUACUGGAGUUCCUCAGGGCUCCAUCCUGGGUCCCCUCUUCUUCUCAAUUUACACCAAUUCCCUUGGCUCCGUCAUUCGCUCGCACGGUUUUUCCUAUCACAGCUGUGCCGACGACACCCAACUAAUUCUCUCCUUCCCCGACUCGGACACUCAGGUGGCGGCACGGAUCUCUGCAUGUCUGACUGACAUCUCCCAGUGGAUGACCGCUCAUCACCUUAAGAUCAACCCCGACAAGACCGAACUACUUUACUUCCCUGGAAAAACCUCGCCCACUCAGGACCUGACCGUUAACUUCGGCGACUCCGUGUUAACGCCCACUCAGAGUGCCAGGAACCUCGGCUUGACACUUGACUCCCAACUCUCCCUGACUGCCAACAUCGCAGCGACGACACGAUCCUGUAGAUACACGCUCUACAACAUCAGGAGAAUACGACCCCUUCUCACUCAGAAGGCGGCACAGGUACUGAUCCAGGCGCUUGUCAUUUCCCGCCUUGACUACUGCAACUCUCUGCUGGCGGGUCUCCUAGGUACCGCCAUACGACCACUGCAGCUCAUCCAGAAUGCAGCAGCUCGACUAGUCUUCAACCUUCCGAAAUACUCCCACCACACCACACCGCUUCUCCGCUCUCUUCAUUGGUUACCAGUGGCUGCCCGCAUCCAGUUCAAAACAUUGGUACUGACGUACCAUGCUGUGAAUGGAUCGGGACCAGUCUACAUCCAGGACAUGGUGAAACCCUACAUCCCAACCCGCACACUUCGAUCUGCAUCUGCCAAGCGGCUUGUUCCUCCCUCACUGAGGGAAAAGCACUCGACGAGAUUACGACUCUUUGCUGUCCUGGCUCCCAGAUGGUGGAACGAGCUCUCCGACGACAUCAGGACUGCAGAGAGCCUCUACAUCUUCCGUCGAAAACUCAAGACACACCUUUUUAGACUCUACCUUGACUAAAACACUAGCAAACCGUAGCACUAACAAAUGAUAGCACUUAAAUUGUACUUAUAAUGGCACUUUUCUAUAACAUGUUUUGUAACUGCUUAUCUGAUGAAAAUGUACUUUCUUGUUACUUGUUCUUCUGAGUUUGUAUCUCUUUGUGGAAAUGCACUUAUUGUACGUCGCUUUGGAUAAAAGCGUCAGCUAAAUGACAUGUAAUGUAAUGUAAUGUAACAUGCAUUUGUAGGUAAGCCUGAUUGAGAUCUAUCUUGCUGAUUUUUUUACCCCCACUCAGCCCAGAAAACAAGUCAUCAAUUAGGGGAAGGGGAUAUUGCUCUGCUAAUAACACAGGAUUAAGAGUUACCUUAAUGUCUCCACAUGUUCGAAUUCCCCCGUGGCCCAUUCACUGAUCGUCACAGGCUCCAUUCUUGACCAGGGCAUCCAGGUCUCCUUUCACCUUGGUUGGGAUUGCAUAUGGCACUGGUCUAGCUUUCAUGAACACAGGCUUGGAGUCAGCUUUGACAUGUAACUUCACAGUUAUAUCCUUCAUGCUGCCUAAUUCUCCACGGAAAACCUUUGCAUUUUUCUCCAGUUUCUCCUGUAAGGGAGUGAGACUGUGUGACAGCUUCCUUACCACCUGCCAGUCAAGACAAAUUUUACGUAGCCAUGCGCGUCCCAUUAUAGCAGGAUGAUUCCCCUUGGUCACAUAGACUGGAAGCUUUUUUGUUUGUCCAUUGUAGAUGACAGUCACAUCUGUCAUCCCUUCCAUGUGUCCAGUAUAUGCUUUAAACACAGUGUCUGAUGGCCUCAGUGGAAGGUGCCUCAUGUAUUCCUUGUCCUUUGUGCGACACUAAUGAUGCUUUAGAACCUGUGUCUAUCUGCAUUUUUACCGAGUGCUCUUCCAACUGUGGCUCAGCCCAGUAGCCCACUCCAUACUCAUUAUCCGCAGUGUUUACUUCUGCUGCAGAGGAAUCACUACUCUCAUUUUUGUGUUGGACUAUGCGCACAUGUCUUUUCUGUUUAUAUUUGACAUUUUCUCUUUUGUUUUCUAUUUUUGACCCUUUGCCAGUGCUUUUUUUCCACAUUUAUGACAGUCCAACUCUUUAGCCCAGCAUGUAGCUGAAAGGUGUCCAGAUUUACCACAGCAAAAACAUGGCCAUUGCACGUGUGUUUUAUCAUUGACGAGUUGGUGUACUCUUCCUGUAGCAUUUAGUUGUUGGGCUUCCUUUCGAUGCCAUUUUCAUUGACAAACUAACAUCUAUGGCUUUUUCUAGCGUCAAUGUCGCAGGGCUAACACAGACGAACAACCAUUCACACAUCCAAACUAACUAACAAAGAUUUUCGUGAACCAUCUUCUUGUGUAAAUUCUGUGGUUUUGCACCUUAAGGUGGAUAAAAAUGCCAAAAGGCCUUUCAUGCGUUCUUCUUACUCGUUUAUAUUGUUUUAAGGUUUUUCAUGAGAUAAGUUGCUAGGAUGUUUUCCUAAUAAUUUUUAUUAUUCAUUGUCUUUUAAUUUGCAUUUUAAGGUGUAUAAUACAGCAAUGUUUUACUGUAUAUUUUUGUGAACCAUCACAUUGGGUAAAUUAUUGUGUUUUGCAUGUUAAGGUGCAGAAUUUCAGUUCAUGCA